AUGAAUUUCUUCAGCGUUGGUGGUGGUGCGUUCAACGUCGUCGACCUGCCGGGCUUCGGCGGCACAUCGGUGCCGUGGUCGACGGUACUGCAGCAUGCUGUUCUCCUGCGUAACUACGUGCAGUGUCGUCCGAGUCUGAAGAUGUUGUACUACUGUAUGGACGUGCACUACAAGCACGGUGUCUAUAUACAGGACAUUGACAUGCUGCGCUUCCUUUCGAAGGAGGUGCCGAAUUUUACGAUUUUACUCACAAAAGGCGACCAGCUUGACACGACAAAGGCGCAGAACGUCUUUCGGCUGGAGGACGUGCGCAGGGAGCUGCUGUUCCACGACAUCACGCAUCCUGUGCUUGUCACCAGUGCGUACCACAUGGGUGGCAUUGACGCGCUUCGUUUUGACAUGGUGAUGAACUGCAUGCACGCACUCCCUACAGAACGCCUCACGCUGACGGAGGCAAAGCGGCUGUCGGAGCGGCUGCUGACACAGCGUGAACUCGGCACAGUGCGUCAGUUGUCUCUUCCACCCACACAGCUUCAAGAUGAUCUGUCGGCGUGGGAGGCGGAGCUGCGACGUGAGCGUGCGGCGGAGAAGGCAACAGGAAGCUCGCACACGGAAUUGACGGGGAGCACACCAAAGGAAGGGAAUGAAGAUAAGGAGUCAAAGCCGAUGAUUACAUCCAGUGGUGAAACCAACAGCAGCCAACACACGAAAGAGCAAGGGGUCACAACGCUGGUGGAGCUGGGUCCUUCAGAAUCUUCGAAUACCCUGCUUGACGCUGACCGAGGUGCGGCGUUUAACACCCUCCGAAAGAAGGUGACGAACAAGGCGCUGAUGCAGUACGUGCAACAGACGAGUCCGUGGCGCAACCCACUNUUGUGGCCUGCGAGUGUUGUGCCGACGAAACACCCCAAGGCAAACAUAAUGCGUUGCCCCGAGGACCCGCACAACCCUUACCUGACGCAGGCCCACUUUGUGUGCCCACGGGCCGACAUGUACUUCCGCCGCCCCAACGUCGGUACGCGUAAAGCAUCGAACAAGGGCCGCUACGAAGCGGACCGCCCACUGGCGUUUCUCGUCAAGCAGUAUACUGUGCCUUACUUCCCCGAUAUUGUGGAUGUGAACAUGAACCCGCUGCCGUGGACAUUCCUCGGCAGCCGCGAGGCGUACUACGAACGGAGCGGUGGACGCCAAUUGGGUCUGCGCAUGACACGCUACGCCACCGAAGGGGAGGUGCGAGCCCUCUCUGAGAACCCUGCGCCCACGCAGCCGGCUCUGACGAAGGAGCUGCGCGAGUUGGAGCGGGCACGAUACGGCGCACCCAUCGCAAUGCUGCGGCCUCCAGAGAAGGUGGCAAAGGUUGACAACACUUCCUCCAAUGAUGGCGAAAGGGACAUGAAAAUGAUGAGUAAAUGA